CCUUUUUGGUUUCUAUGACAACGGUGAGGAGGAGAGCCUCUCCAGCAGAGCGCCUGCUGAAGCAGGUGUCGGGUUGCCCACAGCUCCAGAAGCUCCUGGUCCUGAGGAGCUCCGGAGUGCUCUCUCCCUGCAGCACUGGCGUGAGUUCCCCAGAGCUCAGCUGAACGAAAAUGGUUCACCACUCAGGGUCGAUUCAAUCGUUUAAGCAGCAGAAAGGUAGGAAGAUGGACAAGGUAGAAAGCAAUUUUUUACAAGCUGUCCUCUUCAGCAUUUAGUGAUUCAUGCUUAGAUGUUGGGAAAGAUAGUUAUGUAGAAGACUCUGAACAUGGUACUGAUGAAGCUCAGCUCAUCAAAGCCAAGGUCAUCAUACGUAAACCAGAAACCAUGACUAAGAAGGAGAAGAAAGUCACAUCAACACCAAGUCUCUUUUCAAAGAUGGAAAAAAGCGUAUUGAUUACAUCUUGGUGUACAAAAAAUCCAGUCUUCAGGUAGAGAAAAGGAGCACAUUUGAAAGGAACCUCAGAGAAGAAGGCUUGAUGUUGGAAAGAGAGCAAUCCAUUACCAACAGUGAUAUCAUGUUUGUCAAAAUCCACUGUCCAUGGGAUACACUGUGCCAAUAUGCAGAGAGGAUGAAUAUCAGGAUGCCCUUCAGGAAAAAAUGCUAUUAUACUGACUGGAAGAACAGAACACUGAAUAGUUUGUAUCGAAAAACCAUACAGCUGAGAAGCUGGCUUCCCAAAAACCCGAUGCAACUCGACAAGGAGGCUCUUCCUGACUUGGAGGAGACAGACUGCUAUACAGCCCCAUUCAGCCGGGCACGCAUGCACCACUUUACAAUAACAAAUAAGGACACUUUCUUCAACAAUUCCACAAGAAGUAGGAUCGUUCAUCAUGUGCUACAACGCACCAAAUAUGAGGAUGGGAAAACCAAAAUGGGUAUCAAUAAACUCCUGAACAAUGGCACAUAUGAGGCAUCCUUUCCUCCUCAUGAGGGAAGCUACCAGAGCAGACACCCGAUUAAAACUCAUGGAGCUAAGAACCACAGACACCUGCUGUAUAAGCGCUGGGCCUGCUGGGGAAUGUGGUAUAAGUAUCAGCCUCUCGACUUAAUCAGGCGCUAUUUUGGUGAGAAGAUUGGUCUGUACUUUGCUUGGUUAGGCUGGUACACUGGAAUGCUGAUUCCUGCUGCCUUUGUGGGCUUAUUUGUUUUCCUCUAUGGAGUAUUUACUAUGCACUCCAGCCAAGUAAGCAAAGAAAUCUGCCAAGCCACAGAGAUCCUGAUGUGCCCCAUGUGUGAGCGAAGCUGCAUGCUCCAGAAACUCAAUGAGAGUUGCAUCUAUGCCAAGGUAACACAUUUGUUUGACAAUGGAGGGACAGUCUUCUUUGCUAUUUUUAUGGCAAUAUGGGCUACAGUUUUCCUGGAGUUCUGGAAGAGGAGGAGAGCCGUGUUGACGUAUGACUGGGACCUUAUUGACUGGGAAGAAGAGGAGGAGAACGUUCGUCCCCAGUUUGAAAGAAAGUAUGCUCAGGUGGAAAGAGUGAAUCCCAUCACAGGAAAACCUGAACCUUACCAACCCUUCAUGGAUAAACUCCUUCGGCUUAUGAUCUCCAUAUUUGGCAUAUUCUUAAUGAUUUCUUUGGUGCUCACCACGGUCUUUGCCGUCGUGGUUUAUCGUCUCGUGGCCAUGGAGCACUUUGCAUCUUUCAAGUGGUACUUUGUCAAAAAAUACUGGCAGUUUGCCACAUCGGGGACCGGAGUCUGCAUCAACUUUGUGAUCAUCAUGUUUCUGAAUGUAGUCUAUGAAAAGGUGGCCAAUUUCCUCACCAAUUUAGAACAGCCUCGAACAGAAUUGGAAUGGGAGAACAGCUAUGCCCUGAAGAUGUUCCUGUUUCAGUUUGUCAAUUUAAACAGCUCUAUCUUCUAUAUUGCAUUUUUCCUUGGCAGGUUUUCAGGACGUCCAGGAAAAUACAACAAACUUUUCGACCGAUGGAGAUUGGAAGAAUGUCACCCCAGUGGCUGUCUGAUUGACCUUUGCCUGCAGAUGAGUGUCAUCAUGGUUUUAAAGCAGACAUGGAACAACUUUAUGGAACUGGGAUACCCGUUGUUCCAUAACUGGUGGACCCAACAUAAGAUUAAACGGAAUGAGCAGGUUAUGAAGUUACCCCAGUGGGAAAAAGAUUGGAAUCUACAACCCAUGAAUCUCCAUGGAUUAAUAGAUGAAUACUUGGAAAUGGUUUUACAGUUUGGCUUUGUUACCAUCUUUGUGGCAGCUUUUCCUCUGGCUCCACUUCUGGCCCUGAUGAACAAUAUCAUUGAAAUCCGACUGGAUGCCUACAAGUUUGUCACUCAGUGGCGAAGACCUUUACCUGCAAGGGCAACCAAUAUAGGAAUCUGGUAUGGAAUUCUUGAAGGAAUUGGUGUGUUAGCUGUAAUCACCAAUGCAUUUGUCAUUGCUAUCACUUCUGAUUACAUCCCGCGCUUUGUCUAUGCAUUCAGAUAUGGCCCGUGUAAAGGUCAAGGCUACAGUAAAGAAAGAUGUUUAAAAGGCUAUGUCAACAGCAGCUUAUCAGUGUUUGACCUGAGCGAGCUUGGUCCAGGUCACUCUGGUUACUGCAGGUAUCGGGACUACAGAGCCCCACCGUGGAGUUCCAACCCAUACGAGUUAACCUUACAAUUCUGGCACGUCCUUGCAGCUCGCUUGGCCUUCAUCAUUGUGUUUGAGCACCUGGUUUUUGGGAUAAAGUCUUUCAUUGCUUACCUGAUUCCUGACAUGCCCAAAGAUUUAUCCGAUCGAGUGAGGCGGGAGAAGUACUUAGUACAAGAAAUGAUGUAUGAUGCGGAACUGGAGCAUUUGCAGAAACAGCGGAAAUGUCACGGGAAGCAGUAUCACCAAGAGUGGCCUUAGCCCAUCCCAGAGCCCCAGGAGAGACUGAGCCAUCAGUGGGGGGUGGAAGACUAUGGCCUUCCUGUUCCCUGCAGAAACUUGUGGGGAAGCACACAACUGAAUAUGUGUGGAAACUAUGCACUGAAUGGGGAAUGAUUGCAUCACAGCCUUUUCUCUAAAUUGAAAAAUCCAGGCUCCUGAGGAUGCUAAAGAAAAGCCCCCACCCAGUGUGGCUGUGUGCUGAAGUCAGCACACACCUGAGGAAGCCAAUAAAAGAGUCUUAGACUCUUCCCUAAAGUACCAGCUUUGGGGAAUUUCUAGGGUAGUCACAAAAGGUUGGAGUUCUGAGCCCCACAAGCAUCCCAGGAAGAUGUUCACAAUCAGAGCAUGCUGAACAUCACCAUGUGGUCUCUGCUCCUCCAGCUCCCCUUCCCAUAACUCAAUUGAGUUGUGAUGCUUACCAUAAAAGAGUCAAAGGAGCUGUUGCUUUAGCUGCUGUGACUCCAUGACUUCCCUCCCACAGACUUCCUGUUCAGGAUGAGUUGCCCUGGGGUCUCUUCCUCAUUCUGUGUGCUGCAAUGGAAAACUUGCUGUUGAAUGUUGACUAUGCAGUUAAAGAAUUGCAUGGCACUUUGUCUUCUUUUUCAAGGUUACACCAAAAAAAAAAAUCCCAGAAAUCUGACAGCUGUGCUGCCCAUUGGAGGAAAAGGAAAACAGCACUGCCCAGAUCUGAUAUCUUUUGUGAGUGGUAUGGCUCAGCUGAAUGUUAUUUUUAUUUUCAUAAAAAGUGCUGGAGUCCCCUACAUUGAAGAGAGGAUUGGCAUUUUCUAUGCCAUUCAGAAGAGAAAGAGUCAAAGUUCUGACUCAGCAUACUUUGUUAGGAUAAAGUCAAUAUGAACUUUCCUUUUAAUCUGUUGGGAAAGUUGUCCCAGAACAUCACCGUGAAAUUAUGUAAAUAUAUUGUCUUUCAUUUUUUUGUUGUAUAGUGGCUCAUCAACAGUGUGCAGUCUCUAGCUCAUUUGGCCACAAAACCCACUCUAGGUUAUGCCCUUUUGUCUUCUUUGUUCAGGGAAAGAGAAGCUAGACAAUCUGCACGGGUUCAGCUCCUCUUUUAGAGAUGUAUGCACUCUCUCUCAAUGCAUGGAUGUAACUAAAUAGUAUGGCUAGAAUUAGAUACUUGUGAGCUUUGCUUUCUUCUAAAAUCAAUUGUUUCGUUUUAUUUUGUUUUUGAGACAUCACACAAAACAUAAUGGAAGGUGAGGGAGAAGGUACACGUUGGCUUUGUACAUAGGACUAUAGGAGCAAAAAUCAGGGCCACUUUGAGUUUUGAUAUGAAGAAUGGCCUCAGUGAAUUACAAUAAACCAAUACCAUAGAGCAUUAACACAAAGCCAGUAGAAUGGCUACUUUGUAGUGUACAUUGGAGGAGAGAAGAGAAGCACAAAAAAGUCAAGACAAUUCCUUUCCUCUAUCCUUAAAAAAAAAAAAAAUUAGUGCUAGUCCCAUUUUUUGGUAGAACAUCUUUACAAUAAUAAUGUAUUUUUAGAUUAAGUUUUUUCAACCUCUGUCCUCAAAAUUGUUCCCAAAAGUCCCUAGAUUAAAACCCAUUUGGGAGAUGAAAAUGGAAGUUGUGGAAAUUGACUUUUCCAUAGCUAUAUCAGUUGCAGAUAUUAGAAUGAAGUUACUUAUUCUUGAAAGUUGUUUCCAUAAUGAUGACAUUGAAAUGAUCUCUCCUCUUUCACCCUUUACUUUCAAAGAAUGCCAAAAAAUAAUAGUGAAAAUGCAUAUGAACUUUUUAGGUUAUUGUUAAAGGAAGAGUCAAGCUCACACCCUAUUCAUUGGAGCAGGGGGAUUCUUUAUACCUCUUUCCCUGACACUUAUAAGCAAGUGACAGUUUCUAUCCCCUUUGCUCCAAAGAUUGUCCUCUUUUUCCCUCUCUGGGUUUCCUGCUUUUACUAUAAAUUUACUCAACAACAACCAUAAAUUCCAUCCAGGACUUUUAGCACUACCAUUGUGUAGAACACUAUCUUUUCUUCCUAAUUGUUUGUAUACACCUUGGACCUCCUACCCCCACACUUUGGGGGGGGGGGGGUGCACCUAGAUUCUGUGUCCAGUUAAAUUUGUUACAAGACCUUUUUGUCUUGAAACUAAAUGGAUCUUAGUGGGCACAAGGCAGAAAUAGCUUUUCUCUGUAACUUUGUCCCCAGCUGUUGAAGAUUUGUUACUGUAAUUUCCUUAGUCUUGCUGGUGCCCUAAGACCAUGUAGAGCAUGUAUUUAAAACAAAAGAUCUGACCAAAAUUCUGAUUAAAAAUAUUUUAAAAAUAGUAUCUUAAUUGGAAAAAAUAAUUAUUAACUACUCCUUGGGCCUAAAAAAGGUGGGAACUUGAAGGACAGAUAGCAAAAUAAUAUUAAAUUUUUCCCUAACUGCUAACAACAACAAUAGAACGAAAAAAAGAAUUUUAUUGGAUUAUUGAUGGAUAAUGUUUCAGCAACCAUUGAAGGUCUGUGAAUUCAGUGACAGAUCAAUAAUGCUUUAGUUAACAGACAUGCUUGGCUGAAUAGCUUAGCAUGGGGUUUUUUAUCUAGAAUGCACAUUAUUUUACAAAGAUAUACAGCACACAUUCUUCUCAGGAAUUCUGUAUUACAUGAAUGCAGUUGAAAUAUAUUUUUCAUAUCCUACAUCAAUGUUUUUUGCAAACAAUUGAUCCAUACCUAUGCAUGUGGGCUGCCUUGUCAAGCUGUCCAAAGCUCCUGGACCUUCUUUCCAAAUCCAAGUUUGUGGACAACCUCUUUGAGAUAAUAGCUGAUUGAUUCUAUGAUCCUCUUGGUCUAUGCAUGCACUUUGGGGGUAAACUUGAGAGAAUGCAUGAUCAGGCAUGGCAUUUGAACACCACAAUUUUCAGACGUGUCUGUGACGCCUCGCAUAAUGUCAUGCUAGAGUGGGAUGAACAGGAGUCUUUUUCAAUCAAUAAAUUAUUAUUUACUAUGA